AUCAUCAUUAAACUCUCUUAAUUACACCAUUAAAACCAUAUGUUAAUAAAUAGAAGCUAAUUCACAAGAUGACAGACAUCUUAUGGAGUCAUCUGUGAAACUUGAGUAUAUAUUUUAUUAAAUGAACAGAAUUGUGCACUAGAGAUCUUCAGCCAUGACAAAGGGAGCAAUGAAAUGUUUGACAAUUUAUGUCAUAAUUGCAACAUUGGUAUGCGGGUUGAUUGUACAUUUUACUCCUAAAAAUAAGAAUAAGAAGGAUCAGAUAGAAUUUUCAGUGAAAAGUCAGCAAAAAAUUGAGUGUAAUGGAUUAAGAGACACAGUGACCUUGAAAUCCAAGGUCAAGGUCAUAGGAACUGCACGCGAUUCAAAUUCAACAUGUGAUUUCCCUAUUUGUGGGUUAAACUCAAACCUAGGACCACCAAAGUUAAUUGCAGCUGAAAAAAGUUGCUCAGAUAAUAUAGAAAGUUGUGUAACAAUUUUAUGUAAGACUCACAAUCGCUUACCAUUAGUUAAACGAAUGAUAGAGUCUGCUUGGAGACUUUACCCCAAAAUAAAAACCAUCGUGGUUGAUGAUGAAAAUAAUGGAGUUAAAACAAAUUUGCUUUGGCAGAAUUUCCUAUUGAGUCACCACAAAAAAGUUUGCUACACUCAGCUUGAUGAUUGGACAGGAAUUGGUCUUGGUCGCAAUUUUGGAUUACAACUUAUCAAAACAAAAUAUUUUUUGAGCAUUGAUGAUGAUUUCAUAUUUCCUGAGCAAAGAACUCUUGAGAAAUUGGUGUUAGUAUUAGAGAACACAGAUGCAGCGAUAGCAGGAAGUAACACAGCGUCUGUUUCCACUGUAUUUGAAGUAAAAUUCAAUAGGGAAGCAAACCAAACUAUCCUAUCACAAACCCUAAAAGCAGUAUAUGAGAAAAUACCUUGCUUCAAUAAUUGUUAUACCUUGGAUAUGGUAGGGAACGGAUUUCUAGCCAAAACCUCAGACAUAAUAGACAUCAAUGGAUGGGAUGGCCAACAAAAAAUCCAAGAAAAUGUUGAUUUUUUCAUCAGAUUGAAAUUAGCAGGAAAGAAAGUUGUCACAUGUUUGGAUAUUGAGUUCAAACAUGUGAGACCAAAUCACAACUCACUCAGAAAAAAGACAGCAAAGGAUGAAAAUGAUUACAAAAAUAUGUGGUUAAUCAAGUGGGGCUUGAACAGGACUGAAUUUGUGAUCUAAAGCUGAGCCAAGUGCAAAUCAUGGGACUAACGUCUGAACCAUUGACAAGGAAAAUCUACCAUGUUUAUGAAAUUAAAGAAAGUGACAACUACUAUCAUUUGACCUGCCUCCAUUGUAAAAAAUUAUAAUCGAAAAAGUAUCAGUGCAAGUUAUCCUGGUUUUGAAAAUGUAUGUAGGACUAAGGAUAAAACUUCAUUAAGGUUUAUUAACAAUAUUCUUUCCUAAUGAAUAAAACAGUAAUGGUUAUGUGAAUUUCAGAGUCAAACAUGAAAAGGG